CGACGUCACUGCAACCCCCUGCUGUGUUUUACGCUUGAAGCGGAGAGUGUGAGUGGAGGAAGAAGGGCAGCCCGGGGGCAACUUUUCGAGUGGAACAUCACAAAAAUAGCUUCUCGUGCUGUCGGAAAAUGGCUCAAAUACCGAGCGAAGGGGCCGAACAAGAUUCUCAGCCGACGUCGGACCAAAACGGCACCGGUGAAACAGCGGAAACCGGCAAGGAGGGACAGGCCGUGCCGGACCCCAAACAGAAACCGGGCGACAACAACGAGAAGAGAACAGGAAUGGACGUGAACAGUGGUCGCGGUGCGGCGGCGGAGCAGCACGGGGACAGCCCCUCUCCCGCCCCCGACUCCGACAAAGAAACAACGAUACCGACUGUAAAAGCAGACGACGGCGAAGGGGAACCCGGCGGUGAACUCUCUGAACCGGGGAAAAGUCCCGUGCAGGGUAGUUUGGCGAGUAGCACUGAUUCCGCACAAGAGGGCUCCCGGGUGCUGAAACAAGAACAAAGAGAGGGGGAGAACGUGUCCUCCUCCUCGCCGCCCGCAGAGCGCACAAAGACCGCGGAGAAAGCCGAGCAUGGCACUAAGAGGCGGGCCAGCGUGGAGCUGACCUCGUCGGAUGGAGAGCCGCUGAGUCGGAUGGAUUCAGAGGACAGUAUUGGCAGCACCCUGAUGGACAUGGAGCACGGCGUCCAGCGGGCCGCUUCCACCCCAGCCCAUGGUCAGAUCGGGUCACGGCGGCGGGGCGUCGUUGGGGCGGGGAGGUUGGCUGUGGGCACCUGCAGGGGCAAGUCUCUUGAGCUUGCACGAUUGCUGCUGGGACCACUGCCGCUCCUGUUUCCAGCAGCCGACCCUAGCAGGAACACAAUUCAGGAGCAACGCGGAUGUGUUUGUGGUGUUCUGUGGAAGGCUUGCAAGGAUGUACAAACACCCGCCGUGCCACCCAGUCAGAGCUGGCUGCAGAACAAUGCUGGACCCACAGCGGGGACAAGCCAGUUGCGAAGGGGCUUGCAACGCCACAUGUUGCCGUCUCAGGGGGGCGUCGCCCGUCCGUUCCCAACCCCACUUCAGCUCACAGGGUUUCGUUCCAACGACUGUGUACCAAUGCAGGGCAAAACCCGACCUCCAGCGAUCUUCGCGUCAGACCAGAUGGACGCAUGCCCUGCCAUGCGAGGCCAUCUGCCCUUGCAAAAGGACCCGGAACACACCAAUCGACCUUGGGCAGGAGCGGACGAGCAGGUAAUAGCCAGGAGGACAGAGGACUCUGGGAAAGUGAAGGUCUUGUUGCACUGGACACCUGAAGACAUACUGCCAGAUGUGUGGGUGAAUGAGAGUGACAGACUGCAGCAGAAGACCAAGGUGGUUCAUCUGUCCAAGCUACCCACAGACACAGCUGUACUCCUGGACCCCAACAUCUACAGGAUGUUCUUCUAACCACCCCCAGAGGAACUCCACUGUCACUUCCUGCUAAUCCAACCUCGAGGAGGAGGAUCGUCUUCAUCUCUGCCUCUUCUACUCUACUCCCUCUCCCAGAGGAUGCUGGGAGUUUAGUGACUUACUUGUCAUGGCUGUCUGAGGCCUCCAGUGUUUGUCCAUUAGGUGCUGAGUUUACUGAGGACAUGUAGGGGGAGAUGUUGCUUGUUUUAGGUAACAACCAUAGUGAGAACUAACUGACAGAAGUGUAACUGUAGACAGUUAGACACACGUGUAGAGAGACGCUGUCUUUGUAAAUACUUGAGAUUUGUAAUAUAUUUUUAUACUUUGAAUUUUUUUACUGGACUGUAGAUAGAUGUCUUUUUUCAGCCAAACAUUUUUAAAAUAGAAGUUUUAAAAACUGAUAAUGAUGGUCAUGUGAAUAUAGCUGGCAUUGCUCUGGUUUAAUGUCAUUAAACUUUUCCAACCACUCAG